AUUUCUCCAUUUCUCCCAUUACCAAUUCAUUUCAAUUAUCAAUAUUCUAGAAAGAAUAAAAGUCAAUUGAGUAAUCUAUUCAUUAUGAGACAUCCUGGUUUUUAUGGUCCUGGUUUUUACAGACCUGCAGGCGGGUUUGCCAAACUCGUGUUAAUUUUUGCAACUGUUUACGCUGCCAAUGCAUUAUACCAUCACAAUCAUGAUGGUUCCCAUUCCCACUGCAGAAGAAGAAGAGACAGAGGCGCAAGUGGACCAGGAAAUAGUGACGAAUUCAGAAAUUACCAUGAAGGAGGUCGUGAACCCAGCGCAGAUUACCUUGACAAUGGUUCCAAUAGGAGAUAAGCUAUUAGUGGUACUUGUAUAUAGUUUAAAUAAACCCUCAUGUAUAUAGAAAAUGAAUAGUUUAUCGGUUUUUAUGCAACUAAUCU